UUAUCAUGAUCAAAAUACUUCGUUUGUUUUUACUGUAUGAGCGCUUUGCACGCUUUGUCUCGUGCGUUGCAAUUUUGGCUUUUCUGUAGUUUCCACACCGGGAAAGUUAUUCGGCAAGGCAGACAUACUUUUUUUUGUCAAGUCAGGCCACGCGACUGGUUGUUCAUAUUCUGCGGAAUCAUCGUGCGAAAUAAAAGUCUUGGAACAUACCGGAACGACUACUGAAGGAUCUGGUUGGCAUCAACAGCUCUGAUCAGGAAGCAAACUUGUGAAGUACAAAGUGCGAGCUACCGAAAGUGAUGAGUGAACGGUUUCUUCCAUGCCGGUUGCUGGAACCGGUAGCAUCCCUUAAUCGGGAUCAGCUGAAAACUUCCAACUAUGAUACGGUUUGCAUCAUCGAUGGCGACCACGUGCCGACCGAGUUAGAAGCCUGCUUUCGCACGCAUCGUUCGAUAGAUGCAGCUUUCGACUGUGUGACGAGCUGUUUUUUCUCGGAUGCGAUUGGGUGCCGGGUUGUCUACAGCCCACUGGGCAAGUUGACCGAUUUCGACGAUGUUCGCCGGUACGCUGAGGCUGCAGGAUGUGCUCUAGGUCGCGCUCUAAAGGCUGGCGCUAAGCAGCCUCUCUUAGUUUUGCCGGAAAGUAAGGACUUCGGCGAAGCUGCGUUGGUCUCGGUUUUGGGUGCUCUUGCUAAGCUGUACGUACCGCUUCAACUACGAGAAGACUGUCCGGAAAAGGCGACAUUCUGUUCGUUGGGAUUUAUGCAUUCGGAAUCUAAUAAAUUGAUAGGAAUCCUUAAAGAAGCUAAAGCUUUCGAAAAUGGACGUUUUGUUGCCAGGGAUAUUGGAGGAGGAGAUCCAGAACGGAUGGCACCACCACGAGUUGAGCAAUAUCUUUCGGCUAGUGUUUACGAUCGGAAUUUGAUAUUCCAGACUGUGAUAUCAGAUGAAGCGGUCCUGUUAAAGGAAUAUCCAUUGUUUGCGGCGGUUAAUCGAGCAGCGAAAUGUGUUCCUCGUCAUAAAGGGCGACUGGUCUUCCUGGAGUACAAAUCCAACAGCCCUCCUAAGAAAACGUUGAUCUUGGUGGGCAAGGGUGUCACUUACGAUACCGGUGGUGCCGAUGUGAAGGCUGGAGGUGUUAUGGCUGGAAUGAGUAGAGAUAAAUGCGGAGCUGCUGCAGUUGCCGGUUUCAUGAAGACAGUGGAACAACUUCAGCCUCAAGGUAUACACGUGAUCGGAGUCAUGUGCUUGGUUAGAAAUUCCAUUGGCGAAGAGUGCUACGUUUCGGAUGAAAUGAUAACUUCGCGAGCUGGACUAAGAGUCCGUGUGGGAAAUACAGAUGCCGAAGGUCGUAUGGCAAUGGCCGAUGCCCUUUGCCACAUGAAGGAGCGUGUUAUUUCGGAAAACAUGCCAGAUCCGCAUUUGUUUACCAUUGCCACCUUGACGGGACAUGCCGUACUAGCCGUUGGUAACCAUUCAAUCGUCAUGGACAAUGGACCGGCCAGGGCUGCUGGUCAUGGGCUCCGCUUGCAGGAAGAAGGUGAGAAGAUUGGAGACCCAUUCGAAAUUUCGAUUCUUCGAAAGGAAGACUUUGACGCUCACUGCGGCAAGUGCUUUGGCGAAGACGUUCUGCAGGCCAACAAUCUUCCAUCAUCAAGAACAGUUCGAGGUCAUCAGACUCCAGCGGCAUUCAUGAUACUUUCGACGGGACUGGAAAAGCAUGGGCUGAAAUCCGAUCGGCCGAUAAAGUACUCGCAUCUGGACAUUGCGGGCAGUGCCGGAGAUAUUCCCGAUCCCCCAACUGGUGCUCCAAUUAUGGCCCUGGCUAGAACCCAUCUGCGUUAAGGUAUUUGCAUUUUGUACGGGUUUACAAAGCCCGGUAACUUCAUUACAUCACAUGUAUGCUUAAAGCGAUAGAAAGGAAAACCUUCGAUAGAUUAGAUUGAUAUAAUUGGUACUUCAAUUAGGAACUCAGUGAACGAUCGUAACGUGUAGUACUUAUCAGCGGGGAAAGUAGUAGGGUUUAUGCAAAAUCUUCAUCCCAAUGAAAUGGAAAUAAAACGACACAGCAUUCAGUAAGAAACAGCAA